AACGUUAUUAUAAAUUUGUUACUGAUUGAGAUGAGGACACCUAUGAAGACAAAGGUUUGAGUCAGCUAGUGCUUCACACUUGGAUCUGUCACCAGUUUCCAAAACACGUCUACAGGGUUAUGCUGGAUAAAUAAGAGUUUACACCUUGAAGCAGAACUAUAAGGUAAUCAUGGCAGAAAUGAUAACUCCGACAUCUCGUUGCAUUGAAGAAGAAAUAUCGGGGAAUAUUACAGUGGUUGGUAAACAAGCUAUUGGUGAAGAUGUCACUCUUAAUCUAGUGAUCAGAAACAUGACAACCAAGUCCAAGGUUAUUACUGCUGACAUCAAGGUAUAUUCAAUCCUGUACACAAGGAAGGAGAUCAAUGAACUACACAAGGAGACCAGAAAUAUAAAACUCAGAGGUUGUGAAGAGAGAGAAGAACCAUUGACCAUAACCUACGCUCAGUAUGAUGGCCUCCUAACUGCAGAUAAUGCCAUAGAGGUGACAUUUGUCUGCUCCUAUGAACCAGUCGUAGGGACACUCAUUAUCCAAACCAACAUUGUGCUGGAUAACCCAAAAUUCGAAAUUAAGAUAAAAGAACCAGUCCAUAUGAAUAAGCCUGUUAAUGCUGAAGUCGUAUUCACCAACCCCCUGAACCAAGUUGUAUCUGAUAUUGUGGUGACAGCAGAAGGCAGUGGUCUUCUUCGAGAUCCAAUCACAGUCAAAGGGGGCUCAGUGAAACCCAACGAGACCAUAAAGAUUCCUCUAACAAUAACCCCAUAUAAAUUUGGUUCAAAACAUUUGUUAGUCGAUUUAAACAGUGACAAGUUCAAGAAUGCGAAAGGAUUUAUAGAAGUGGAAGUCCAUAAGCCAGCAGAAAAAAAUUCAGCAUCAUCAAUCUGACAUUUUGCGAUUAUUUACCAUUUAGAUUCUAUAAGUAUUGUAUUUCAGUGUACCCAGCACGUAAUGUUGGAGAUACCCCUUCAAGCAGUUCUUAGUCUGGCUUAUCGGGGUACUCUUGUGUUGCUUGAUUAGAGUACAGUUCCCAGAAUGCCAUGCAGCACACCUUGGCUCUGUCCAUGCCCCAGCUGCUGUAGACACGUUUUAUUCCCUGCCCAGUGGAUCAUCUUAUUUAUAUAAAUGAAAUCACAUACAGCCAGGGCUUUUUUUCUCAGAGAAUAGGUGCAGGAACUCCUCCCUUCCAAGUCACCCUUGACUUCACCCCCUACCCACCUCUGAGCACCGUUCCUUGUUCCACCCCUUAUCCACCUCCGAGUACCACUCCUUUUAGAGAAUGCAGAAACAAGUAUCAUUUUGUGGUGUAUUUUGUAUAGAAUUUGUUAAUGAUAAGAAAGGAAGUAAAAUAGCAACAAUAGCUUCCCCAGUAGCCAGCAUUAAUAGACCCUCCAGCAGCCAGCAGAUUCCUCCAAGCAACUAUUGACCCCCUGCAACAUAA